UUAAGUCAACUACAUAGUCAGCUUGAUCAGUAGAGGCAGUGGCAUAGGCAGGGGAUCAGUCUCGUCCAUAGUCUCGACCAGUCAAGGUGCUGUAGUGUGCCGCCUGUGAGGUUUAUUCACGUUUACAAACAAACAACGAUAGCAUUUGCUUGUUACCGUCUGUGAUAGUGUUACCUGACGCCCAUUUUCACCUGACUUAAAUACUUGUACGCAACUGAGGUAAAAUUGAUACAGGGGCAACUAAAUUCAGUUGUGUUUAUCAUGUUUUAGUGUGUUUACAUACAAUUUAUUGAACUACGUGUGUGAACUGUUGAUAAUAUAAUUACAUGAUAAUAUAAACCCACCUAAACUGAUAAAUAUUAAUAUCUGAACAUUGUUUGUAAAGCAAACCCCACCACAAGUGACAACCUUAACGUAAAACAAGUUUUGUUGGAUUACACAGUUAGAUUUAUAUAACUGAGUGUAUUGUAUUUGAGUGUUUGCAUUUUUUACAUCGUCGAGUAUUGUACCUUUUUGUGAAGUGGCAGUAUAAAAUGAACACAUCGGUAUCGCUGGUGAAGUUCGCCGCCCAGUUGCAGGCUCAGGCGACGCGCAGUUUUAGUUUGUCUCACGGCCGCAACAUGCGUUUUGUGCAAUUUAAGGGUAAAAAUGGCGGGCCGCAACAUUUAGGGGCGCAGCUUAGCGCGGGUGGUGAUAUAUUCGACAUCAGCGCGGUGGAUUCUACUAUACCGAAUUCGCUGGUGAAGUUUCUAAAGGCUGGACCUAGUGCUAUUGAGAAAGCUAAAAGAAUCGUAGCAAAUGGCCAUAGUUGCGUAGAUCCCAAAGAUGUGACUUUCCUUGCGCCCGUAACUCGUCCUGACAAAGUCGUAUGCGUAGGUCUUAACUACAGCGGCCAUUGUGAAGAACAAAACAUUCCACAACCUAAAGAACCAAUGUUCUUCAGUAAAUUCUCCAGUACAAUCGUCGGGCCAUUCGACAACGUCGUUAUACCACCAAUUACAAACAGUGUUGAUUGGGAAGUGGAAUUGGCAGUUGUGAUAGGCAAAGAGGGAAAGGCAAUUACCCGUGACAAAGCGCAAGACUACAUUUUCGGCUACACGGUAGCGCAGGAUAUCAGCGCACGAGACUGGCAAAAGAAGCGUAACAAUGGUCAAUUCCUACUGGGUAAAUCAAUGGACACUUUUUGUCCACUUGGACCUGCGGUCAUCACAAAGGGUUGUCUUGAUGUAGACAAUCUAAAAAUCACCAGCGCUGUCAAUGGCGUACAAAAACAAUGCGGAAAUACAUCUGAAUUAGUGUUCAAGAUUGAUUUCUUGAUUUCCUAUCUUUCACAAAUUGUGACACUUUACCCUGGCGAUGUCAUUUUAACCGGAACACCUGCAGGAGUAGGUAUGCACCGAAAUCCACAGGAGUUUUUGAAACCUGGAGACGUUCUCGAGAGCGAAAUUGAAGGAAUUGGUAAAAUGCGCAACAUCAUAACGUAAAUUUAAACAUCUAAAUAAUAUUAAAAACUACUUAUUUCACUUCAAACAAAGCAAAAAUACAUCUAUAAACAUGA